GUGGAGUUGACACCUUUUAAAAACAAAGUUGGUGGACAUACAGCAAUUUUCAGAUUCUCACACAGAGCUGUUUGCAAGGCACUUGUCAAUAGGGAGAACACAUGGUAUGAAAUUAUUGAACAAAACCAUGCUGAUAUAUUAAAAUUCAUGCCUAAGUAUAUCGGGAGACAACGCAUUGAACGGUUCAUCCUUUUGGAAGAUUUGACAUCAGGGAUGAAAAAACCUUCCGUUUUGGAUUUAAAGAUGGGUACUCGUCAAUACGGUGUUGAGGCUGCGUAUAAGAAGAAGAAAUCCCAGAGAAAGAAAUGUGCAAGUACAACUUCCCGUCAGCUCGGUGUUCGGAUCUGCGGUCUACAAAUUUGGGAUAAGAAGUCCCAACAUUUCAUUGAAAGGGAUAAAUAUUUUGGUCGACGUGUUAGAGCUGGGUUCCAGUUUGCAGCUUGCAUUGCAAGAUAUUUGUACGAUGGUGAGUGUGUGUAUUCGAUAUUGAUCAAAAUCCCAAAGUUGAUCAGUGAUAUCGAGGAGUUGGAAAAGGCUGUCUUACAGUUGGAGGGCUACAGACUAUAUGGAUCCUCACUAUUGUUGAUGUACGACGGUGUGGACAUGUCAACAGUGAGUGUUCAUAUCAUUGAUUUUGCCCAAUGCAUAACUCCAGAGUACCAAUCAUCCACGGCAACUUUCCCACCAAAGCAUCCAAAUGAUGCAGACCAAGGAUAUCUGAGAGGGUUAGCAUCUCUA